ACCAAAAAUAUUAAAAAUGACAUUGAACCUGAGUUUAGUUUUUGUGCUAUUAGCAGUUUUAAGUGGUGCUGUUAUCUGUCAACAACAUGGAAAUUUUGGGCCACAACAGAGACCUAAUGGAGGUAAUAGUCAAGGCGGUGGUGGUGGUCCGAGUGGAGGUUACGGUCAAGGUGGUGGUCCCAGUGGAGGCAUGGGACCUCCUUCUUCCGGAAUGAAUUCUGGCCCUAAUUCCGGCUUUGUCCAAAAACCACCUAGUUAUGGUCAAAAUAGCAAUCCCGUCGGAGGCAUGGGACCUUCUCAACCUGCAAUGAAUGCUGGUUCCCGUCCUGGCUCUGGACCUGGUAGUAGUCAAUGUUUUGGUCCAGGUGGUCGUCCCGGCUAUCGCCCAGCAAACGGUCGUCCCUGUUUCGGUGCCGGUGGUCGUCCCGAUUAUAAACCUCAACCUACUAAGCCCUCAAUGAUAACAACAUCUUCUGGCUCAGUUAUUGAAUCAUCUACAAAACCCAGUUCAGUAGUAGAAACAACAACAUUAGCUUCAAUAGAAAGUACAACAAUAAUCGCUUCUUCAACUUCUGCUCCAGUAAUUGAAUCAUCUACCAGUCCAGUAUUGGAAACUACAACAACAUUAGCUCCAGUGGUUGAAUCAUCAACAAGUCUCAGUUCAUCAGUGGAAAUUACAACAACAACAGUAGCACCAGUGAUUGAAUCAUCGACAAGUCCCAGCUCAUCAGUGGGAACUACUUCAGAGUCUUCAGUCCCUGUUGAAACUACGGCAUUUCCUGUUGAAGAAUAUGACUAUAAUGAAUACGAAUAUUAAAAGUUUGUGAUUAUGUUGAUGAUUAAAAAUAUAACAAAA